AUGGUUUUAGGUCACUGUCUAGUCACCAAGAGACUGCGGGACCUUGUUCAGCAGUUAUGUAACUACAAGCCACUUUGGAAAGGAGCCAAUGAGGCCACCAGAACCCUCAACAGAGGCAUCUCCGAGUUCAUUGUGAUGGCUGCAGACGCAGAGCUCCUGGAGUUCACCCUGCACCUCCCGCUGCUGAGAGAAGACAAGAAUGGGUCCUACAUGGUUGUAUGCUUCAAGCAGGCCCUGGGCGGGCCUGUGGGUCUCCAGGCCUGUCCUGCCUGUGGUGUCACCCUCAGAGAAUGCUCACAGCUUGAUGCAGCACAUCCCAUCCUUUCGGCAGUCCAUUGA